CGCUCUUACAUGGCAGAUAGGCGAGGGACCCCACCGCGAGAUAGCCUCAUAGCAGCUACAUACAUACAUACCUCUUUCUUAUACUCUUUCUCAUACAGAUCUAUUCUCAUAUAAAACAUUCUACGUAUACCAUAGAAACUCUAAAUAUGCUAAUACUAUAGCCAUACGUAUAAACAUAUGUUUUAAACGAGCUAACUACGACAAUCAUUCUUCUUCAAGACUCUAACUUUAUAAAAUCUAUAACUAAACACCGCCUAACUAGCUUAGCUGUUCCAUACUAUUACCUACUACCGCAGCCAACCAUCACAACGCCUUAACUUACGUACCUCUCUCAACCCACCAGACAAAACAAAACAAAACAAAACAAAACAAAUCAAGCCAAGCCAAGCUAAGCCAUGGCAGAACAACCCAACACCAACACCACCACCACCCCCCUCCUAGCCAUCGGCUGCGAGGGCAGCGCCAACAAGCUCGGCAUCGGCAUAAUAUCCCACGACCCAACCACCCACAAAUCCGCCAUCCUAGCCAACAUCCGCGACACAUUCGUCUCGCCCCCCGGCACCGGCUUCCUCCCCAAGGACACGGCGCGGCACCACCGCGCCUUCUUCGCGCGCCUCGCCCGCGCCGCCCUCGCCGCGGCCGGCAUCUCCCGUCCCCAGCAGCAGAUCCACUGCGUCUGCUACACCAAGGGCCCCGGCAUGGGCGCCCCCCUGCAGUCCGUCGCCGUCGCCGCCCGCACCCUCGCCCUCCUCUGGGACCUGCCCCUCGUCGCCGUGAACCACUGCGUCGGCCACAUCGAGAUGGGCCGCGAGAUCACCGGCGCCGCCGACCCCGUCGUCCUCUACGUCUCCGGCGGCAACACCCAGGUCAUCGCCUACGCCGAGCGCCGCUACCGCAUCUUCGGCGAGACGCUAGAUAUUGCCGUCGGCAACUGUCUCGACCGCUUCGCGCGCACCCUGGGUAUCAGCAACGACCCCGCUCCGGGGUAUAAUAUCGAGCUGUUGGCUCGUCGGUCCUCGGGUCGCGUCUUGCUUGAUCUGCCGUAUGCGGUUAAGGGUAUGGAUUGUAGUUUCAGCGGUAUCCUGACCGCGGCCGAUUUGCUGGCCGCGCAGAUGCGCGAGCAGGAGGCGCGUAUUGCGGCGGGCGAGGAGGUCAAGGAGGAGGAUAGGAUUACGCCUGAGGACCUGUGUUACAGUCUCCAGGAGACUAUUUAUGCCAUGCUCGUCGAGAUCACCGAACGCGCCAUGGCACACGUGGGCAGCAACCAGGUGCUUAUUGUAGGCGGCGUAGGGUGCAACGAACGCCUGCAAGAGAUGAUGGGGCAGAUGGCUAAGGAGAGAGGCGGAAGCGUAUAUGCGACUGACGAGCGCUUUUGCAUUGACAAUGGCAUCAUGAUCGCCCAUGCAGGUCUACUAGCCUACGAGACAGGAUUCCGUACGCGCCUAGAGGAUAGUACUUGUACGCAACGGUUUAGAACAGAUGAAGUCUAUGUCAAAUGGAGAGAUUAAGAGCAAUCUAAUAUGCUCGAUUGUGAUUGUGCUGAAUUUCUCUAAAUUCACUACCAGCAUUGUCUAAAUGGAUUCCGUAUGCCGUAUGUCCUGCCUGCGCAAGCUAUAACCUUUACAUCAUACGUAUCCUUCUAUGGUUUCAUGGAAUCGUAUUAUUAUCCUCGUACAACCUGUUUUUAUGGUUUGAGUCAUUGCGCAACGCGUUAUACACGAACAGCCCAUUACCGAAUUCAUCUUCUUCUUGCUGAUGCGAGACGCCGCACUAAUUGGUGCUACACUCCAAAAUCC